GUUUAUCAUUUUCGAAACGAAUCUCACUUCAUUAUUAUUUUUAUUUUAAUAAGUGCACACACGCCAAAAAAUUCGGUUGGUAAAUAUUUCUUCGACACUCAUCAAUAUGCAUCUAUUUCGCUAUAUAAAUGCCUGUUCGAGCGCUCAAUUCCAAUGCCGUACGUUGGCCAAAAAGUCCAUCUGGGACUCGACGCCAUUCGGACUCCACCGUUUGCGCUCCAAGCAGGACGAGCCGGUGGCUGCCGAAGGAAAUCAGAGGCAAGAUCCCAUCCCGUCAGUCGAAUCCAAACCCCAAGCAGCUAAACCGGAGGCCCAAGAAGUGAAAAUCGAAAGGAAACUGCCGAAUGUGGGAGCCUACGUCCGGUUGAUCGCCGCCGAUGGACGCAGCCUGCGCGACGUCCUGGCCGCCAAGGUGCCCCAGGAGCAGGAGCGCGUGAAGAACUUCCGCAAGCAGCAUGGCGCCACCAAGAUGGGCGAGACCACCAUCGACAUGAUGUAUGGCGGUAUGCGCGGCAUUAAGGCCCUGGUAACGGAGACAUCUGUGCUGGAUGCCGAUGAGGGUAUCCGUUUCCGUGGCCUCUCCAUUCCCGAGUGCCAGAAGGUUCUGCCAGCUGCCGAUGGCGGUUCGGAGCCCCUGCCCGAGGGUCUAUUCUGGCUGCUGUUGACCGGUGAGGUGCCAACCAAGUCCCAAGUUCAGCAGCUGUCCCGCGAAUGGGCCGAACGCGCCGCCCUGCCCCAGCAUGUGGUGACCAUGCUGAACAACAUGCCCACCACCCUCCAUCCCAUGUCGCAGUUCGCUGCCGCCAUCACGGCUCUGAAUCACGACAGCAAGUUCGCCAAGGCCUACUCCGAUGGUGUCCACAAGAGCAAGUACUGGGAAUACGUUUAUGAGGACAGCAUGGAUCUGAUUGCCAAGCUGCCCGUGGUGGCUGCCACCAUCUACUGCAACACCUAUCGCGGCGGCAAGGGCUCCCGUUCGAUUGACUCUAGCCUGGAUUGGUCCGCCAACUUUGUGAAGAUGCUAGGCUACGAUAAUGCCCAGUUCACCGAACUGAUGCGUCUCUAUCUGACCAUCCACAGUGAUCACGAGGGCGGCAAUGUCUCUGCCCAUACCGUUCACUUGGUGGGUUCGGCACUCAGCGAUCCCUAUCUGUCGUUUGCCGCCGGCAUGAACGGUCUGGCCGGUCCCCUGCACGGUCUGGCCAACCAGGAGGUGCUCGUCUGGUUGCGCAAGCUCCAGAAGGAGGCCGGCAACAAUCCCUCGGAGGAGCAGCUCAAGGAUUACAUCUGGAAGACCCUCAAGUCCGGACAGGUCGUUCCCGGAUAUGGUCAUGCUGUGCUCCGUAAGACCGAUCCCCGAUACACCUGCCAGCGCGAGUUCGCCCUGAAGCACCUGCCCGAAGACGAGCUGUUCCAGCUGGUGUCGAAGAUCUACAAGGUGGUGCCACCAAUCCUAACCGAGACCGGCAAGGUGAAGAACCCCUGGCCCAAUGUAGAUGCCCAUUCCGGUGUCCUGCUGCAGUACUACGGCAUGAAGGAGAUGAACUACUACACCGUUCUCUUCGGUGUUUCCCGUGCCCUUGGUGUCUUGGCCUCCCUGGUGUGGGAUCGUGCCCUGGGCCUGCCCAUCGAGCGCCCCAAGUCGUUCUCCACCGAUCUGCUGGUCAAGAUGGUUCAGAAGUAAACGAGUCCCCAUACCCCCCACCCUAUGGGAUUCGUCAAGGGCAUCAGCUGGUGGUCGAAGAAGAACAAGAAGAAGGAUGCAACAGAAGGACGAGGCGAAGGCUAAGAAGACGGGGCAGCAGUAGAUUGUAAUAGACGAGAGAAGAAAGAGAGAGGAUAGCGAGGGAGAAUAAGGAAGAGAGGAUAGGGUCAGAUAUCGAUAUGACGAAGUUGAUAUUGAAAGUUGGAUAUAUACAAAUAUAUAUAUACAAAUAUAUAUAUAAAGAAGAGUUGAGGAGAACAGCAACCAAAUACGAACCAAUAGGAAAAACAGAAACCAGAAGAAAACUGCAAACUGCAAACUGCAAAAUGCAAAACAAUAAGUUGGAAAUAAGGCAGAAACUUAUUUUUAGUAGUAAAAUAACUAACGAAAAUGAUACGAGAAACCACUUAAUUAAUUGUAUAAGCUAUAUAUAUGUACUAUAUAUAGGGACAAGCAGAGAUGCGAGAAUGUUUGCGCCUAUUUUUUAUGUUCAGCAUUUUCUUCCUCCACAGACCUACUACCCACCACCAACAACCACCCAUCGCCAAUCUCCCAUCCCUAAUCCCUAGUCCCCAUCCUUAACCCCACUCUCUAUAUAUUUUGUUUAUGCUUCUAUCAGCUUUGCUGACCAAUCGACUAACUAACCACCACCUCCCCCAUUCGACCCACCACCCCCCGCCCGAAAACACCUAAAAACAAUUACUAACUUGAUAACAUUUUACUUUUAAUUUAACUAUAAUUUAUUAUGCAAACAAAAGAUAAAAACGAGAGGAAUACAAUAUAAAAACAAGUGUAAAGAAACCAACAAAAACAUCUAAAACAAACACGAAAAAAAACUCAAUAAAAAAACAGAACAAUAAAUAAUAUAAAUGCUAGAAAUUAGUUAUUGCCAACUUCACCAGUGGAAGCUGCAAAAUGCAAAAAGUUCGUUCAUUGCCGUGCAAGUGUAUUCGAAAAAGCAAAUCCACAAUAAACCUUAGCAAACUUUCAAAUGAG